AGUGCCAAAAGUUGUUCUGCAUUGAAAGAAUGAAUCAGUAGAAAGAAAACCUGACAUAUUUCUCGGCGCGGUGACCCUCGACGCCUGACGCCGAAACCGAAGCCGCCAGCGUGUUGUUUACCUGCCUCGCCACUCGCCCUCCUCCCUGGCCCUGCUGACACGUAAUUCUACUUUUUGGACACAUCUCCGUAUACACUCGCUUCAAGAAUAGCAAUGAAUAAACCAGUUCGAGUGUGGUCUCAAGACAGGAAGAGGAGAUAUGGAGUGGUCGCAAGCAAUUUUGAUGAAGCAGUACAGAAGGGAGCAGUAAAGCUUGGAUUGCCAGACCCAACUACUGUCACAUUGGUGCUGGAAGAAGAUGGAACUGCUGUGGAUGAAGACUACUGGGAAACUAUUCCUCCUGAUACAAAGCUUAUUCUUUUGUCUGGUGAUGAAGUAUGGAAGCCUUCACCUCUAUCAGUACCAAGUAACCUUUUACUAGUUUCUGAUGAGCCUGAUUCUGCCACAGAUGAUGUUCAAAAAGCCCGUAAUCUCAUAAAUGCUAUUCAAGAUAAUCCAGCUUCUGUGGCUCUCUUGAGCUUGUCUGAUCUAGAAAUUAUCAAAGAUGCUAAUUUUAGUUCAUCAGACUCAUCCAUGAAGUUACAGGAAUUAUGUAUUGAGUUCUAUGUUAAGAAGAAGAAGGAAGCUGAAGCAAUGGAAUUUGUUGACUUGCUAAAAGAACACCUAAAAGGGAAUGAGAAGUAAUUGCAGUAAACAAUGUUAUGUGAGUGAAACAAUUCAUGUAAUGAAAGAAGUCACUUAUUUUUUACAUUUAUGACAAUGAUGGUGAGGUUGUAACUCAUUACUUGAUUGCCAUCAAAGUUUCAUGCUACAAGAUGCUUAUGGAUGGAAAAAUUAAAUAAAACAUUUGAAUACUUUUUUUUAGAACACUUAAAAUUAUAAAGUAUCAAUUAAUGAUAUAUUUAAGUCAUUUCAUCAGUAUAGCCUCUCCAACAUAUUUAGAAAGACAAUAGGGAAAAGUUGUGGUUAUGUAUGGAAUUUUUAAACAGUAAGGAUAUGUAAAUAUGACACUUCUUAUCUUCUAUCCAUCACUGGAACAUUUUGUACAAUAUAACUAUAUAAAGAAAAAUUGACAGAUUUGUGGUGCUGUUGCUGUGACAGACUUGCAGCACAGAAAUUUAAUAUUGUUUGAUGCUCAGUUGGUUGUGGUAAGCUACUAAUAGGCAACUGACUUAUAUUUGAAAGACAAAUGUCUUUUAUAUUAACUUUCAAAAAGCACAGUGCCAUGAAAAGUCAUGAAUUUGGAAGAAGUAAAAGAAAUUGUAGAAAAUUUAAUCACAUUUAAUCCAUAUGAUAGAUAUACUGAUAGGAGAGUUUCAUUAGUGUUUCAAUAUUCAAUUCAGCAGAUUCUAUCCAUCUGUCUCAAGUUAUCAUACUUUCCUUUAAAGUAACGAACAUUUCAUUUUGCUCAAAUGAAUAGCUAAGUAAGAAAAUAAAAUGUGACUUUACAUA